AUGUCGAACGCAGCGUACCGAGACCAGAUCCCUCAGGGCGACGACAGCGAGACCGCGAGCAAGUCGCUCCUCGAGGGAAAACAGCCAAUGAAGCCAAUGCAGCCAAUGCGUGGAUCGGGCGGGCCGUCGAACUCGUUCUUCAAACGUACCAUGUCCAUCCAUCAUUUGGCCAAAUCUCAUCUCCCCAGCCCUAAAGGCGCGAGCUUUGUUUAUCGGACACGCCUGGUUCUGCGUGUCUUGUCACUGGUGCUGUCCUUCGCUUUGGUGGUGGUUCUUGGGCACGCCAUUGCGGUGUAUGAUUCUACAAAGCACGAUGAGGCUAAUGGCGAGCCUAUCUGGCCGACGGGGCUCAAGAUGAAGCCGACUAUCUUGCUCCUGAGCGCUGCUGCUGUGGCCACCGCAUUGAGUUUGACUAUUUGCAUUGCCAGUUUUUCAGCAGUAGUUCGACAUUUGACUAACGUUGGUAACAUAUUCACGCUUAUUGUCAGCUCUAUCUGCCUCGUGCUCUGGAUCGUUCUCGCGAUACUCUACAAGGUUGACGAUCUCAAGCCAGAGGAACAUUGGGACUUGCUGUCAUUCACCUGCGCACGUCGACAUGCAUUGAACUCGGGUACUGCAAACCUUCACGCACUCUGCUACCAGAUGCGCUAUGCGUGGUGGGGAGCGCUCGUGGUCGGACUCCUAGAAGUCGGUGCUGUCGCGACACUGGUCCUGGGAUGGUACACAUUGAGGAAAUCCAAGGGCGUCUAUGCGCGUGUGGAAGAGGAUGGUCUGGAAAAGAAUAGACCUGGUCGGAAGGUAAGCUUUCAGUUGUCGAACUUGGGAAAUUUCCGAUCGGGAGCUGAGAGGAGUGCUCCACCAGCAGUGAAAGUCACCAAAGGUCACGAUUCCUGGGCCGUCGAGGAUGUUCUCAAAUCACGCACCCUGCCCGGUGGCACCACACAGUAUCUGAUUCGCUGGAAGGAUAUGAGUGAAGAUUCCGACUCUUGGGAGCCCGAGGAGCACUUGACGCCCGAGUGGAUCCAAUACUUCAAGAAACAGAGAGGAGGCGAGACCGAGUACUGGGAGGUCGAUGGAAUCCUCGAUUCAAGAAUGCUUCAACCAGGCACCAUGGAGUAUCUAAUACGGUGGAAGGGAUACAGUCCAUCCCACGACUCGUGGUUGACUGAGAAGAACUUGACCAGGGAGCUUGUAAACACCUUUGAACAGGGAAGAGGAGGUGCUUGA